ACCACACCGCGCGCUCUCUCGAACCCCAACAUGCCGCCCCGAUAACCAUGCGCGGCAUUCUCCCCGGGCGGCCGCAGGCGAAGCUCCAGGCCGUCACCACCGGGCUGUGGGAAAACCUGCAGGUCAUUGCGUAUAUAUCUGGGAAUUCGGUCGUUGUGCUUGAUGGAUAUAAUCAUGUCCUGCAAACCAUCUAUAUCAAGGAAGAGGAGGAGCUGGAGGCGAUCAAGUUCGAUGAGGAGACCGGGAAGAUCGCGGCAUGUUCCGGCGAGCAUAUCUACAUCUACAAGCCUUAUGGCAAGGAUGAAGGAGCUUUGAAGUGGUCCCUCCAAGGCACCCUCCCCCUCGCCUCCCCGAACGACCACAUAACCACCCUCUCCUGGGGCCUCGACGAAGAGCUCCUCGUCGGUAGCACCUCCCUUACCCUCUUCUCCACCCACAGCUCCCCGGAGCAGAUCUGGACAAAACGCCUCGCCAACCCCGCCAAAUUCGCCCAGUUCUCCCCAGACGCAACCUUCAUCGCUUCGACGGGGACACACGAUCGACUAUUGAAGAUAUGGCGGCGGCUGGCAUUUGGCUCUGUGGAGCAGGCGUUUGAUUACAGCUACCUCCCACACCCCUCCGCAGUCACGGGCAUGCAUUGGCGGAAACCGUUCCAUAAAGAGUCGGCAUCGGAAAACGUGCUGUAUACCAUCUGCGCGGACAGCAAAGUGCGGGUCUGGACAACGGGGGAGAAUCACGGGAGCGAUGGCUUGGUGCUGUGGGCGGAGAUUGACUUGCUGGAGUCGAUACAGCCGCGGGACCUGGAGCAGCAGAGCAAGAAGCGAUACGCCUUUUUCAUCGACAGCAGGGAUUUCACGUAUGCGACGGAACGAGCGGUGCAGAGAGCGUCGAACGAUGAUAAAGAGCAAAUGGCACUUUCGCAUCUCAUAGAGGUCGCGAACCGCAGUCCGGAGGUGGUGGUAGUGCUGGACGAUCGAGGGAAUAUGUCCGCGUGGGGUCUCGAAAGCAUUGGCUGCAAAGUCAGGAAAACCACUGAUAUCUUCAACAUCGCGCACGUUGAAGGGCUGCAUCUCCAUUUCGCCAAAGGCGCAAGCGGGCUGGACGACAACGUGCAGUUCCAUGCUUUCUGCGGUGAUAAGCCGGAUAGCGUCUUCACACUCCUCACGCAUCAUUUCGAUGGCAGGAUUGAGUGGCUUGAGAGCCGCGUUGAUUACCUCUUUGAUCCUUCAGCUCAGCCGCAUCGGAUACAGCGGAAGGCGGUCUGGACGGGACAUUCCCAUGCUAUCAAGAAAGUCAACCGGACGGCAAGCGGAAGAGCUCUGAUCUCGCGCACGGUCAAUGAUGAGAGCGUCGUGUGGGUGCAGAGGCAUAUUCAGUCUGGCAUGACUCUCCAUCGGCAUAGUAUGGUCAAUCAUGGAGGGCACAUCCAUCGCACGUCUAUUCUCCACGAAGGAAACUUCGUCGUCUUCCUGCAUCACAAAAGCAUCUCCCUCUGGGAUUCACGAGGGCCGGUCGCGGUGGAGGUCGCCCGCUGCCAAUACAAGCUCCAGGGCAAACCGCUAUGUCUUCUAGUCGUCCCCGAGACGGAACCUGGCAGGGGUUGUAUUCACAUCGCAACUAUUAGCUCUGAGAUGAAGGGAUUGGCUUGGGAGUUACAACUUCCGCCAGAAAUUGACCCGCUCACGGGAAGGAAAUUUUCCAGCAUAAGCGCAUCGGCUCCGGUGUACACCAAGGCCGCUCAAACGAAUGGCCACUCUGAGAUCACGAUGAAGGAGUAUGGAUCGUUUGAUCUUGGCUCCGGCGAUGGCCUAGCUUUCGUGCUACCAGUCGAUCCCGCCGGAACAGCGCCCGUCAUCUCAGGCUUCCUAGAUACUUUCGCACGCGACGUCGCCAUUUCAACCACAAAAUCUGGCAUCAUCAAAUCAUGGACAGCGAGAGUCAACUUCGAGCAGCAAAAGCUGGAUUGGCUUCUUACCUCAACAGUCGACACAAGCAUUCCCAAUCCGCACCUUGCCAGCGGCACGUCGAUACGAAAAGCUGCCCUAGUUGAUGCUGAGAAGACUACCCUCACGAUAUGGAACACGAGAAGCGCCAUGCUAGAAUACGAAGAGCGGUUCGACGGGCACGGCACGAUUCAAGACCUCGAUUGGUCGUCCACGCCAGACAACCAAUCCAUUCUGGCGGUCGGCUUCCCACACAGAGUCGUUAUCUAUGCUCAGCUGCGGUAUGACUAUCUCAAUGCCGGUCCGUCAUGGACGCAGAUCAGAGAAAUCCGCAUCCGCGACCUCACGCCUCAUCCCAUAGGCGACUCUGUCUGGUUGGGCAGUGGCAACCUUGUCAUUGGCGCAGGUAAUCAGCUGUUUGUCCAGGAUGAGCAUGUUGAGGUCGAUGGCCUGUUCCCUAGUCUGCGACUGCUAUCGAGAAAGAAGGCGGAGCUCGAUAUUUUCACUGCCGUUAGUAGGCUGAAUGGGCCGCUACCGGUCUUCCAUCCUCAGCUGCUUUCGCAGUGUGUGCUCUCCGGGAAGGUGGCACUUGUUCAGCGGAUCUUGCUCACUCUUUAUAAGAAGCUGAAGUUCUUUAUCCCAGGUGAUGAGUUGGAAGGGUUCUUGGGGUUCGAGGCCGAAGACUUCUCGGAGGAUCACGAUACUGCUAUGACAGCCUCCCGGAAAGAGAUGCAUUCCUCCUACGCCGACUUCUCCGAAGACUCAGAUCCCGACACCGUCACCGAAGCUGUCGCCAACUCCCUCAAAGAAACCCUUACCAAAGUCCAGCUGCCCGAACUCUCCUCCCAAGAGCAAUUCCAUCUCGCCGACAUCAUCGAAUGUGUAGGUACGGUCGAGAAGCAUCGCCGCUCCAUCGACGACAACGCCGGUCGAUUCCUGCUAUUCUUCAGACAGCACGUCCUCCGCUCUGGCCAGCAUUCCGCCGAAGAAGUGCCCAUCUCCUGGCGCGAAAUUACCUGGGCUUUCCACAGCGGCAGCCAAGACAUCCUCGUCGACCUCGUCUCCCGCCACUUCAGCGGCCGCAUGCUAUGGCGCCACGCGAGGGAAAGCGGCAUCUUCAUGUGGAUGACCGAUCUCACAGCUCUACGCGCCCAAUUCGAAUCCAUCGCCCGCAACCAGUAUACCUCCACAGACGACAAAAACCCCGUCGACUGCUCCCUGUUCUACCUCGCCCUCCGCAAGAAACCCGUCCUCAUCGGCCUCUGGCGCAUGGCCACCUGGUCCCGCGAACAAACCCCCACCCUCCGCCUCCUCUCCAACAACUUCUCCGAAGCGCGCUGGAAAACAGCAGCGCUGAAAAACGCCUACGCUCUAAUGGGCAAGCGGCGCUUCGAAUACGCCGCCGCCUUCUUCCUCCUCGCCGACCACCUCGCCGACGCCGUCUCGGUCCUCUCGAACCAGCUUGGCGACACGCAGCUCGCCAUCGCCGUCGCACGCGUCUACGAAGGUGACGACGGGCCCGUCCUCACCGCCUUCCUCAAGGAAAAAGUCCUGCCCCAAGCCACGCGCGAGGGCAACCGCUGGCUCGCGACGUGGGCCUUCUGGAUGCUGGGGAAGCGCGACAGCGCUGUGCGCGCGCUCGUGCAGCCCCUCACGACGCUCAUGUCGCCGCCGGAGACGCCGUCGUAUUCCUCGAAGCUGUUUUUGACGGAUGAUCCCGCGCUGGUGGUGCUGUAUAAGAUCCUUCGCGCGAAGAGUCUGCAGACGCUGAGGGGCGCGGCGAUGGUGAGUCCACGCGCGGAGUGGGAGUUUGUGCUGCAUACCGCGGGGUUGUAUGAGCGCAUGGGCUGUGAUCUCUUGGCCCUAGAUUUGGUGAAGACGUGGGAGUUCUUGUUGCCGCGGGUGCAGCAGAGUAAGCUACCGCAGACGCCAGUGGAUGGGGUGGCGGCGAAGACGAAGGGGCCGCUGGAUGCGGAUUUCGAUCCGCGUACGCUGCUGAAGAGGAGGAGUAGUUUGGUGGUGGCGGAUUUGCCGACGAGGGAGCAUGUUAGGAAUGCGUUGCAGGAGGCUGAGGGGGGGAUUGAGGAGAGUAGUGAUGAGGAAGAUGGGGAGGAGGAGGGGGAGAAGGUGGAUGGGGUCAAGGAGAAGGAGGGGACGAAGAAGCCGCCGCCAACGCAGUUCCAGGAGCCGGAUGCUGGGAGUUUGUUGGAUGCGUUUGGGUUUUAGGAAGUCGUGAGUGUAGUAUAGGUUGUAUGAAGUAUGGCAUUGGUGGUGUUGAUGGUGCGAUUGCUAGACUCGAGCGAAAUCGGAUUGUUUGUGGUAAUGGCAUGGCUUGUAAGUGUGCUUUCGAUCAAUCAAAGACAUAGUCACGAGUCAUCUCCAACGCGUGCAGUUUGGGUUGUGAGGUCUUGUGAGGGUCAUUUUGGUUUGAAUCAAAGGGUCAUGCUGAAGAAGCUCCUCGAUGACCUUGAUAUGUGAGUCUGGGGUAAGAUUGCUGGAAGUCAGCUGUCUCUAUCACUCUCAACUUCUCGAUUGCUUCUACACACACUUCGCAAGUAGCUGUUAUAUGAGCAAACAACUCUAUGGUAUAAAUCACUGCUCAUUCUCCCUC